GCGCGUGCUCCAGGGCCGACCCCCCAUCUCGUCUCUGGCUUAGGAGGUUUACAGGAUUUGUCUCCAGACCUAGAGUCGUGAGAUCAAACGCAGGGAUCACACAUCCGGCCGCAUGGACGGGCUCCGGUUUUUGGAAAGCAGUGCGAACGGAUGUGGAAGGUGGUCCGGGCUUAGAUACCUGACAGGCAUUAGCUUGAAGGACUGCGUGGCUUUCGAGGAUGUGGCCAUUUACUUCUCUGUGGAAGAGUGGGGGCUUCUUGAUGAGGCUCAGAGGCUCCUAUACCUUGGUGUGAUGCUAGAGACCUUUGCCCUCAUCACCUCCCUGGUAUGUUGGCAUGGAGUAGAGAAUGAAGACACACGUUCUGAGCAGGUUUCUGUAGGAUUGUCACGAGUCAGGACUUCAAACACAGAUCCAUCUGGCCCAGAAGCUCAUCCCUGUGGAACAUGUAGUCCAGUCCUGCGGGGCUGUUUGCACCUGGCUGACCAACCUGUGCAGAAGCCAUUCUUGCUUGGGGCAUGUGCAAAACUUCACCAGGACCGGAAUCGUCUCAAUUCAGAGAAAACUUGGCAAGAGGACAUAGACAACACUUCAUUCGUGAGGAGCUGCAGAUUCCCCAUGUCAGGAAAGGCUUCCGGGAGCCAUGAGGCUGGAAAGGACCUCCUGACCACAUUAGACUUUAUCCAACUCCAGGCCAUUCCCCAAGGUGAGAAGCUGUUGACAGGUGCUGAGGGAGAGGUAGUUUUUCAUACCCAAAUAAGCCAUUACAAGUGGGACCAGUGCGAAAGAGCAUCCAGGCAUGAGCAUACUCAUGUUUCCCACCCAAAAGUCUAUGCUGGAAAAAGGCUUUAUGAGUCUAUCCAGUGGGAGGAAGGUUACCGCUGCAAGUUCUCACUCCAGAGAGGCCACAGUGGAGAAAGGCCUUACAAGUGCACUGAAUGUGGGAAAUCUUUUAGCCAAACCUCCCACUUGAAUGACCACCUCCGGAUCCACACUGGAGAAAGACCUUAUGAGUGUGGCCAAUGUAGGAAAUCAUUUAGCCAAAGAGCCACACUCAUUAAACAUUACAGAGUUCAUACUGGAGAAAGGCCUUAUGAAUGUGGAGAGUGUGGGAAAUCCUUUAGCCAGAGCUCCAACCUCAUUGAACACUGCAGAAUUCACACUGGGGAAAGACCCUAUGAGUGUGGGGAAUGUGGAAAAGCUUUUGGGUCCAAAUCUACCCUGGUCCGGCACCAGAGAACUCACACAGGAGAAAAACCAUAUGAAUGUGCUGAAUGUGGGAAGUUUUUUACACAAAGUCAUAGUCUCCUCGAGCACCAGAUCAUUCAUACCGGAGCAAGGCCUUUUGAGUGUAGCCAGUGUGGAAAAUCCUUCAGCCUAAAGUAUGGCCUCAUUCAACACCAGUUGAUUCACAGUGGAGCAAGGCCUUUUGAGUGUGACCAGUGUGGAAAAUCCUUUAGCCAAAGAACCACCCUCAACAAACACAACAAAGUUCACACCGCAGAAAGGGCUUACGAGUGUGGAGAGUGUGGAAAAGCUUUUAUGUUCAAAUCCAAACUUGUUCGACACCAGAGAACUCACACUGGAGAAAGGCCUUAUGAGUGCAGUGAAUGUGGGAAGUUCUUCAGACAAAGCUACACCCUUGUGGAACACCAGAAAAUUCACACUGGGUUAAGGCCUUACGAGUGUGGCCAAUGUGGGAAAUCCUUUAUUCAAAAGUCAGGCCUCAUUCAACACCAGGUAGUUCACACUGGAGAAAGGCCUUACGAGUGUGGCAAAUGUGGGAAAUCUUUCACUCAGCACUCUGGGCUCAUUCUCCACCGGAAAUCUCACACCAGGGAGAGGUCUCAUAGAACCGGAAGUGUGGAGAAGCCUUCAAGGUCAAACAUUUAGUUCCUACUUAAGAGCUUGGUCCUUCAGUGUGUGUGCUGCUUCUUUUUUUCAGUGUUCACCUUUAUGGGGGAACCACCUACCUGAAGUUACACCUCCUACUUGUAAACAUCCUGAGGUAGAUGUUCCCCUAGGUCCAUCCCGAGUGAGGCCAGUGUCUGGUAGAAGCCAUCUCCCACCCCACUCAGUGCUCAGUGUUCAGCCCAGUGUGCUAAGGAAAGGCAAAUGUCUGUGUAUUCCCUGGAGGAAGUCUUGAACAGACUUUAGGGGGAAUGUGUUCCCUCUUCUGACUAAAUCAUACCUAGGCCCCAGGGUUUACUAGAAGACCUAACCUGCAGUCUGAUAGAGGCUUCUACUGUUGCUUACCUUCUUGUAAAUGCUUGGUCCUGUGCCCUUGUGGCUGACUGAACCUUGCAGCCUUCAGUUUACCACCAGGAGCUUCCAGGUCAUACUAUUCUGCUUCACACAUGAAUAAAUGCUGUUUUGUUGAA